GUCAAUCGGCACGGCUGGCGGGGGUUUGACAGGUCACUGGUGAAGUUGGUAAGUGCAAUACCGUGGGAAAGCAAGUCAGUGUACUGCAGGCAGCCGAGCGGACAAUAUCUGCUGGGAGCUUCAUUAAUGUUACAGCACACACACGAACAAUUGAACCGAACAUGAAGAGAACUCACGAUUACAGUUCGUCGGACAGUGAACUGGACGAAACGAUCGAAGUGGAGAAAGAAAGCGCCGAUGAAAAUGGGAACUCCAGCACAGCCACCGGCUCCAUGUCCCCUACCACAUCCUCUCAGGUCCUGGCUAGGAAAAGGAGGCGAGGGAUCAUAGAAAAACGCCGCCGGGAUCGUAUUAACAACAGCUUGUCAGAACUGCGAAGACUGGUCCCGAGUGCUUACGAGAAACAAGGAUCCGCCAAACUAGAAAAAGCAGAGAUUUUGCAAAUGACCGUUGAUCACUUGAAGAUGCUGCAUGCAGCCGGUGGCAAAGGCUAUUUUGAUGCUCAGGCACUAGCUAUGGACUACCGCAGCCUGGGAUUUCGAGAGUGUUUGGCUGAAGUGGCUCGGUACUUGAGUAUUAUUGAAGGCCUGGAGAACUCUGAUCCUCUCCGUGUGCGUUUGGUCUCUCACCUCAAUAACUAUGCAUCUCAGAGGGAAGUUGCAAGUACUGCACCCCCUAGCAUUGGACAUCUUGCCUGGGGCACUGGCUUCAGUCAGCACCCACAUCAUCAUUUGCACCCGAUCCUAUUGCCACAGGCUGCCCAUAAUAACAAUAGUAGUACUGCUUCGACGGAGCCUCACCAUCAAAACAGGAUCGGCACAUCCUCGCACACAGAUACCUCUCCACUUAGAGUGGCUCCUAAUUGCAGUGUUGGUCCAGUCAUCCCAGUGGUCACCUCCUCCACCAAACUGUCCCCACCUUUGUUCUCAAUGUCAUCCUUGUCUGCAUUCCCUCUAUCUUUUAGCACUUUUCCCUUGAUUUCUCCCAGCACAUUUAGUUCAUCAGCUCAGACUCCGACGAGCAGCAUUGGCAAGCCCUACAGACCCUGGGGGACAGAGAUUGGUGCUUUCUAAAGACUCUUCUCUAGGAUUUUCAUUCCUUAAACAGACAGAAAUGCUGAAUUCUUAGUUUAAACUCAGCUGAGCUGAGCUAUUACCAACAUAAUUGCCAUGGAAUGUUAAGGAUGUACUUCAGUUCACUGCAGGGCAAAUAGUGUACAACUGCAUAUCAAUCUGAAAUCCUGUGAAUCUGGCUACAUAGUUAGCCUCAUAGUAUUAUAAAUAGCUCAUAGUAUUAUAAAUAAUAUUCAAUAUAUUCUUACGUGAGCAUUCUGACCUUUUCAUUCCUGAAGUAGUCUACAUUCAAACAAAAAGUUCUAGCAGUUCAUUUUAGUAGUGAGAUUAGUCUAAACAAGCAGUAUGCCAGUUUGUUUCAAGGUUCUAGAGAUCAUUUCAGACAUCGUUUUAUCAGUUUCCUUGAAGCUUUGAGUGUAAAGUUAUUCAAUUUUUUUAAAAAGAGAAGUCUAAUAUAAAAUUGGAUUAAAUUUAUUUGUUUUAAAUGAGUUAAAUUCUUAUUCUUUAUUCCAAAAAAAGAUUAGGCAGCGGUGUGUUUAAAAAGGCUGCAUUAUUAAAUCAAGGCAGGUUGUGUUUAGCCACAGUUAAGUCUUCCCAUUACAAAGGCUUGUGCGUGCGGCAUUGGGCACAGCCAGAGGUUAGGGGGUUUAAUUUUCCAUGUCUUGCUUAUUUGGUUAGUUAAAUAUUGCCUGAAAAUAUUAACUUACUACCCUUCAAAUGUUUCAAAUGUAGCAGAUUUUUUAAAUCACCAACGGCAUUGUACAUCUAUUUAUUUCAUGGGUACAUCUGUACUGUACACGACUAGCUACAAAGUCAACAUUAUAUGCCUUAAACCCAACAAAAAAUAUUAAGAUAACAAGAAGGUCAACUUGAUAAGAUCAAUACACUGGUUUCUUGAGUUAUUAAAAUAUGUCUAAGUAAUGUAAAUAUUAAUUUUUUCAGUGAUAUUUUAUAUUUUAUGUUGCUGAAUGGAGCGAUGACAAAUCAGAUUUCCAGCUUAGUUUCAGUGAGUGUUAGAUGCUGAAGUAUUUUCCAAUGCUGAAGCGUUAAUUUUUGGAAGGUAAUAGCAAGGUGCAGUGUUUGGUAACUGUGUACUGGUUUGUCUUGACUUUACUAAACAAGAGAAAUAAUAAACUACAAGUGCAAUUAA